UUGUGCAAUCGCCAUUUCAAUAUCACAUUAAAUAUUGAACACCAAUAUAGGUAAUGGCCGUGGCUGUUGUUAUUGUACAAUGGUUUUCUUUCGACACGCGCUGCAAGUAUGCACAAUAGCAUGUGUUUCUAUUGCAAUAGAUGGCCAUCUAUUGCUCGCAGUAAACGUGGAAGAUUUCAGAAAUCUAGCCAACAAGUUCUUAGCAAAAGACCUAGCGGAUAGAUUGACUAAUCUAGUCUCUGAAAUCUCCCUAAGGAGAAGGAAAGAAAAUCAACAAAUAGAAAAUAUACUGGCAAAUAAAGAGAUACCUAUAAAAGAGGCUGCAAGAACUAAUCAACAACCAACUGACGCAAGUGUAGCAACCGCCUCAGCUGUAACCACAGAAUACAACCACUAUAAACCUAAAAGAUUCAAUACUGUUAAAAAUGCUGACAGUAAAGAAUUGAAGCAAGUGAUUUAUAAUACCCCACCAGGUCCAGUAUACGUAAGAGAUGAGAUAGAAGAUCUAUUACAGAAUAUUAAUGAAGGGAAUUUGGAUAACGGUACAAAAGAAGUUUAUACUCCUGAAGGGAUAGAUUAUAAUAUAGAUUCAAAAGAAGCUACUAGACCAUUGAAUGUAAUAAACAUGUCAAGAGAUCAUAAUAAAAUUGAUUACACAGAAACCAAACUAGGCGAAUGGAAAUACAACCACGAUAUAUCUAUAGAACCACCUGCGAUCAAAAAUAGCAAAACAGGAAAUGCUAACAGGGAUAUAAAUGAUGAAGGUAGCAUAGAUUAUGAUCAAGCUAAAAGAGAAUUAAAUGUGCAAUAUGUGGACGAAACUCGAUUGUUAGGACGACACAAAAAAGAUGACAGUCAUACAUUUGAAGAGCAUAUGUUGGGAGAGAAAAAUGAAAUCAACCACGAAAAUACUCCUCCAAAACAAAAUGAUACAGCUAUAUCGCAUGAUAUAAAAGAAGUUAAAAAAGAUCCUAAGAAAACAAAUAUGCCCUUAAAUCAUUUCCUAAAAGACAUUACAGAAGUAGAACAAGAUAAGUCAGAAAAGAAAGAAACUCAUCAAAAACCACCUCUAAUGCAACCAAUAGAAAGCAACGACAUGUACGAAAAAUAUGCAGUAGGCUCUUCAAUAAAAAGUAAUAACAAGAAAGGUGUCAAUGAUCAGUCAGUGGAGGACGGUAAAGAAAAACACUAUCGAGAAACGAAACAAAUGCAAAAUGAUGACAACGAUAAGAAUGUAGAUAAUCAGUCCGGCAAUAUUGAACAGUCAAUAUUAAGGAACAAGAAAAAGUAUCAAAAUUUUAAAGUUCCAGAAAAUAGGGAAGAAAAUUCAAAAGAGGUGACACCGGAACAGAUCUCUACCCAUCGUCUUCAUCCUUAUGACGAAGAUAAAUUAGAGAGCGAUACAUCAGAACCAGAUGUGUCGAAAAUAAAAUCCAACAAAAAAGUAAAACAACCGGUACAUGAUGUAACGUCUACAGAGGAAGCGAAGGAGAAAAGCAAGGAAAGGAAGGCAUAUUACGACCCCCACAUAUCGAAAGAAGAAACUGACACACAUGAAAAAUUCGAAUUGGGGUCUGAUAAUAAAAAGAAUAACAAACGAAAACCUAAACAACAAGCUGAGGACAGUGAUAAGAUUAAUGAACUAAUUAAAAAGGAAAUUAAAAUUGAUAAAGAUGACGAACUGCAUAUACAAGACAAUAACAAUAAAAGCUAUAAGGCGCCGUUACUUUUAAGAAACAAAUAUUUUAAAGAUUCGGAAUAUUGUAAACAGAAUCCAAACAGUAGAAUGUGUAGAGAAGAAGAGUUAACAACGAAGAUUGCAUUAAGAGAGUCGACAGAAGUUUCACGGCCACUUCCAGUAAAAGGGAAAAAAGAGAGCUUUUCAGACCACGUCUUUUCAUUCAAAAUGAAAGAUCACCAAGUUAAUUAUGAUUUGAUAAAAAACACUCACAAAAGGAGACCUCAGAAAAAAAUAGAGGAAAAUGAUAUGUACGAUAAAUAUGAACUUGGUCCCGAAACAAAGAAUGAUGACGAUAGAAAACAGAAAUUCAGAAAACAGAAAGAGAAUCGUGAUAUAAAAAUAAUGGAUGGUAAAAAUAAAUUGAAUUAUCAAGGUCGUGGUAAAAACAAGUCUGCAAAUAGUGAAGAAUUGCCGAUAAAGAGUAAAAGGAAACCUCAGAAGAAAAUAGAAGAAAACGAUAUGUAUGAUAAAUAUGAACUUGGUCGCGAAACAGAUAACGAUGACAAAGGAAAAAGAAAACAGAAACAUAAUGAUGAAAUAAAAACAACGUAUGCUAAGACUAAAUUCAAUUAUCAAGGUCGUAACAAAGACAAGAUAGAAGAACACGAUAUGUAUGAUAAAUAUGAACUUGGCCGCGAAACAGAUAGUGAUGGCAAAAUAAACAGGAAAAAGAAAGUGGAUCGUGAUGAUACAAAAAUAAUACACGAGCAGAAUAAAUUCAAUUAUCAAGGUCGUUACAAAGACAAGUUUGCGAAUAAUGAAGAAAUGUUAAUAAAAAGUAGAAAAAAACCUCAGAAGAUAAUAAAAGAAAAUAUUAAACAUGAUAUUAGUCGACAAUCAAAGAAUGAUGACAAUAGUAACAGAAAACAGAAAGAGAAUCGUGAUGAUAAAAAGACAAUGAAUAAUGCGAAAAAAAUCAAUGACCACGGUAGUAUUGAGUCUGCUAAUAAUGAAGAAAUGCCAAUAACAAGUAAGGAUACAUAUAAAAACAUUGAAGAUACAGAUACAACUACUAAACAUACAAAAACUAAGAAAGGUCAAGGUCAAAUUGAAAAGGUGCCAAUAGCAGGUUACGCAGACGACCCUCAACCAGAUUUUAAAGAAGUAAACCCAGAAUCUAUACAAGCAGCAACAGAAAGUUUGCUAGAUUCUGAAGAACCAAAAGGUUACGGCAGACCGACAAAGAAAUUUACAAUGAGAGGUACAAUGUUACCAAAGAGGGAUUUCUAUAAAUUAAGCAGUCCGAAUUAUUACAAAGAUUUGCCUCGAAUUGUAGAAAAGUACGAUUUUGAGGAGCCUAUACCAGAGCAAGACAGAGUAAGGGAUAAAGUGCGAUAUUUGAAAAGGGAACCGUCAAGGGUUAAUAGGAAACUUAAGUUACCGCAGUUCGAAAAAACGUGAAUUGUUUGCAAUAGAUGAGCGUUUAAAAAAAAAUACAGUUCUUCCAUGCCUUCAAAAUAUUGACUUCUAGGGCUCAUUUUACUCAGAAUCAUUUGUACAUUCACGCCUCAUACAUGAAAAAAUGUGUCCCAAGAUUUCCUUCCCAGAUCGUCACAUUUUUGUAUGAAUAUUUUUUUAUGAACGUGACGCACUGGAUAAUAUGUUUUCAUACAAAAUUUUGGGACACAUUUUUUCAUGUAUGAGGCCUGAAUGUACAAAUGAUCCUGAGUAAAAUGAGCCCAAGAACUGAAUAUUUUGAAGACAUGAGAGAAAUGUAAUUUUUUUUUGGAAAACGCUUAAGUACCUAAAUUAUCACUAAAGUGUAAUUCUAUGGAACUUGCUAACUAUGUAAACAAACCGCCAUAUUGAAAUUGACAAAGAAUGAUGAAUUUACUAGUGACUUUUGUUUACAUAGUUAGCAAGUUCCAUAGAAAUGACACUUUAGUGAUAAUUCGAUAAACAUAAUGUUUUAUUUUUUAACGGGACUCCAAUAAAAACUUAACUAUAUUGUUUUCUAAAUUUUUUUUUAUUUAUAAUAGCGUUAUGUAAAUACAGAAAUGUAUAUGGAAAAAGCUUUUUAUUACUGAUUGUAGAUAAAUGUUUUAUAACGUUCAAUACAGUCACAUAACUAAAUCAAACUAAAUUGGAAAACAUCAAUAAAAAAACCGGCCAAGUGCGAGUCGGACUCGCGCACGAUGGGUUCCGUACCAUUACGCAAAAAACGGCAAAUAAAUAACGUUGGUUGUAUGGGAGCCCCACUUAAAUAUUUAUUUUUAUUUUGUUUUUAGUAUUUGUUGUUAUAGCGGCAACAGAAAUACAUCAUCUGUGAAAAUUUCAACUGUCUAGCUAUACUACGGACAGCGGAGUCUAAGUAAUAGGGUCCCGUUUUUACCCUUUGGGUACGGAACCCUAAAAACAAUUCGAAAUGUAACUCUAGGUAGGUAUAUACCUACCUGAUAUCAGUUAGAUAUGAAAAUAUCACGCGAAUAAAAUGCACAUAAGCGUUAUAUUAUUAUCGUGUAUUACUCUAGUAUUUUGUCCAGUGCCAAUAGUAUUCAAAAUACCGGUAGACGUACAUCCAGACAACCCAGUAAAUCAGUAUAUAUACACAAAUAGAGGCCUAAAACCACUGUCAUGGGAAAAUAUAAAACAGUACAAGGAAAUACCAGAUAAAUUAUAAGACUAAAAGCAUAUAUUUUGAUAUGAAUCACGAUGAAGCGAAAAACAGAAUGUAUUUUGGGACUUUUGAAGGGUAUUCGGGAAGAAAAAGAAUGUUUAAAUAAAUGUUUUCCUUGAG